UGAAGUACGGAUACAUAGCGCCCUCGAAAUAUCCAAACCGCGGCCAACCUGGACUAGCGACACCUGUUUUUGCAAGCCAAAGCGCCACUGCUUCAACGUUGGAGACCUCGACGAACACAACCUGAGGGCCAAACGAUGGACCGGCGAAAUCUCCAGAAUCCAUACCUCCGUGUCGAUAGUAUGCGCACGACUCGCGAUGACCGAAACUUGAAUUCGAAAUCGAGCGCCAGCUCAAUUCGCCAGAUUCUGGGCUCGACUUUUUUUCUCUUUUUUUUAUUGGAUCAACGUAACGGUAAGGGCUAUAACGUGGCAGUCAAGUACUUACAUUCCGGGUCCGUCACCUAUCGAUUGUGCAGCGAGUCUCGCCAUCUGCUUUGCUCUCUAAGUGAGCUUGACCGCUGGAAUAACACCCCGCACCCCGUGUUGACGUUCGAAAUAUGUUACAGUCCGGCAUUAUCUGGCUUUUUUUGUGUCCUUGAUCGUCAGCCGAAAUGGAAGCUGACUGAUGAAAACAUCGCGGUGCUAAAGCCGCUCCCACCUAGAAGAUUAACUUUUGCGACCCAAAAGAAGCGCGCUCGGAAUGACAAAAUUACUCAGCGAUUCGCAAGGAGGAACCCCGCAUCAUGUGAUACAAAUCGAAUUUUUCUCCACGUCCACUUGUCAAAGGUCUGAUGUCAACCCGAUGUCGAGGAAUAGGGUUCACAAAGUGCAUACCCCAGAAUCCGCCUGAGCGGAACAACGUCGUUCUUGACAG